AAACGGAAGCAAAUAUUACUUAGUCUGCUCGACCAACUGGCAGAGCUGAGCAACGAUGAAGAGCUGGACACUGGUACGUCGGCCACUCCCCCCAUCCGCAGAGCUGGAGUUGACGAUGUCAAGCAGCAGGCAGCAGGCGCAGAUCGAUUUUUCAAGUUCCAAAAACAGGUGGAAAACUUAGACAUAGAAUUAUGUAACUUCGAAAAUGCGGCUCGCCAUCUUGGGAGUUCCGUUGGCAUCCUUUCUUCAGCUUCCAAACUACGGAAACGCCUCACGAAUAUCCUGUUCCUCAUCCGGGAGAAUGCUGCCUCUUUGUUUCCACGUCGGGUUAUUCGCCACUCUCGCGAGGCACUUCUCAAUCCAGAUGCUAUGGACGGCGAGAGGCGUCGUGCUGCUUGGCGGAGGCGUCGUCCUCUCCCUCUUGAUGAUAAUUUACAACCGGAUACAUUACCAUACCAUUUAGAGAACUUUGCCGACGACGUGAAGAAUUUCGUCAAGUGCCUCAAUGAAUUCCCGGAAUUCGAUGAUGUAGCUGUUAAUCAGUCCAUGAUGGAGUUCGAAGGGAACCUGCGGUACUGGGCUACCCACCUCAACGAGUACACAAACCAAUUUCGGUCCGCCGCCGUGCAACGCUAUGUACACGACUUGACUAGUGAGAUCGGCUAUCACAUCGACAAUGUCACGGUGACAUUGGCCAUGUUCAUAGAAAUCGGUGUUCCGACGAUUAGUUCUCACCAGCAACAUGCGGCCGCUAAUCUGCUAAACCUGUCUACCGUAGCCACAUUCUUUUCUGGCGUGACUGCAACAACUUUGCAAUUCUCGUAUUCAACGACCGGUGGUAAACUAGCCAAUGUUGUGAACACCCUCUGGUUCUCGUCCUUGGUUUUCAGUAUUGCAGCAGCAGUGAAUAGUCUCCUCGGACUCACCUGGAAGAAGGCCAUGUACCGCUCUCCUGGACACAGAGUGCCAUGGUGGGUAUCAAUAUGGAUCAAACGAUCCCCGCUCGUUUUCCUCGUGAUGUCUAUUGCGUCGUUCUCCGCAGGACUUAUGCUUUUCACGUAUUCCUCUGGUCAGGGGUCUGUCACCUCAACCAUAAUCACAGUUAUCACAUCCUUUGGACUUGCCGCGGUGUCCGCCUGGUUCGCUUCUGAGCGAUGGAUAUUCGUCCGCCAUAGUGGUCAAAAAUGGCUCGGAGACGUCAUUGCUGAAUUUACGGCAAGGGUUGCCAACCUCCGCAUCGUCAGAGGCACGAGGAUCACCAUCAAAUGGUGCAACACAUGCUUUCUGUCCAUGCAAGUACUGUUCUGGCGAUUAUUACGGGCAAUCCACGUAACUAUGUUUCGUGAAGAUGCCGUUCUGCCACUUCAUAAUCAGCCAGAUCAACCUCAACCUUUUCGUCACCCUUGUCCGACGUCAUCCCAUCACACCGAGUUUCGGGAACCCAAGCGGUCCUUUGCAUGUCACGAUGCGCCCAUUUCCUCCUCGGCAUCCGUGGCACCGUCUGUGUUAUCUGACCAGUGCAGUGAUAGGAACAUCACGCUUGGUGGUGUUGAUGCCAGACAACGUUUCGUGAAUGCCGUCCGCACGGUGAUUAUGCUUGGGGCUGCUUCGCGCCCAAGGAGCCCUGCGCUGGAGAUUGCGGAAUUCGGGAUGUCCGGCCGUGCGAUGAACGGCUCCGUGAAAUGGGAUAUGCUUGCUCCGAUGCAGGAUCAGGUUGCACAUCAGGCUUUAGUGCGUCAUCUCCAGUUCUCGCCGAAUGGGAAGUUCUUGGCAACGGCAGGAUGGGACAAGAAAUCAGUAUUGUUCCGGGUAGCAAGGUCCGGAGAAUUGACUGCCCACCGUGUUCUGUUCAAUGGAAGAGGUCUUAUUGCUCAGGUUGCUUGGUCUCCAAACGGCCAGGCAAUCUUAGUUCGGCUUCCCCGCGCUUUAAGAGUGUGGUCAGAGGAUGGUAUAUGCAUGAGAUCAAUUGUUCGAGAACAACCUAUCCAAUCUGUUGCCUGGCUUCCGAAUGGUGAAGGUUUCUUAUCUGUGGAAGGCAGCGAUGUCGUGAGAUUAGUGCGUGGAGGCACCCUGGUCUCGGAUACCUACAACCUUGGUCAAAUACAGUUGUGUGGCGUCGCAGUAACUCAGGAUUGUGUUCGGUUGGUAGGGGUGGGGCCUUCUAUCACCCCGGAAGAGGGUCCACACCCCAGCUACCAUAUCAGAGUGGAGAAGAGAAUUAUUGUAUAUAACAUGGUCACGAAGACGAAAGAAAGUCAAACGCCUUUGGCUGAUGAUAUCCGCGACAUCACCAUGGCAAGGAAGACCUCCCUCAUACUUCUUUCACUGGAGAAGGCACCUCCUCAAAUAUGGAGACUGGAGAUCGUUAAGGACCGGGAUCGCGAUUGUACCACCUCCCGCAUGACCCUGAAACACACCUUCGCGACCAAGAUCCCAGUCGAAUAUGUAGGGUCCUGCUGUUUCGGAGGUUGCGACGACCAAUUUGUGGUGUGUGCCGGAAAAACCGGGGAUAUACAUAUCUGGGACCGAGAUUCCGCUGCACUUCUCCAUUUCAUAGCUCCACAUGUUACGAGGGGUGACCUGACGUGUAUCGGGUGGAACCGUGGGCUGAAGGAUUUGAAGACCACAAUGUUUGCCACUGGUAGCCAUAGUGGAGUAGUUCGAGUAUGGUCAACGGAUGUUCCAGUAGAUGAGCGCGAUGAGCAGUCGUUGGACGAAUCGUGA